AGGUCCCUCUGAGCUGUCGGGGGCGCGCGGGGUGGCGGCGGCGCUUGAGGUGCUGCCCGCGAUCGUGCCCGUGCCCGUGCCCGUGCCCGCGCCCGCGGCGGUGCGGAGCCGCUCGGGCCGCGCCCCUGCCCUGCUGUCCGCGCUGCCCUCCGGGCCGAUGCGGGUCGCUGGGCUGAGGGGAGCGACGUAGCCUCCGUCCGCGCCGCCGCUCGGACCCCGGCCCGACCCUGAUCCCGGACCCGCCCGGGCUCGAGCCGGCCUGGCAGUCGCGGGGCGCGUCCGGAGCAGGCGAGGGGGCCAUGGCCGACCGCGGGUGCCCGCUGCAGCCGAUGCCGCUGCCCGCUGAGGUGCGGGAGAGCCUGGCCGAACUGGAGCUGGAGCUGUCGGAAGACAUAUGUGGAUGAUUUAUACAUACGUAUAUAUAAGUGGAAAGGAACCUGGAAAUGUAGCUUACGCUGAGAAAGGGGUGAACGAGGUGUUAAAGGGAAGGGACAGCCCAGUGAAGCUGCAGCCAAGGCGAGAGGAGCCCUGGCUUCUGUCCCAGCUCUUCACUGGCCUGACACCUUUCUUUUGGCCCAAAUAGGUGACAUCACUCAGAAAGGAUAUGAAAAGAAAAAGGCAAAGCUGCUUGCACGUUACAUACCACUUAUUCAAGGAGUGGAUGCAUCCCUUCAAGCAGAGCCUAGGAUCCCUGGGCCCUCACAAACCAUGGCUGCAGCACCUAAGCAGCAGAAGCCACGGCCCACCAACUCACGGGAUGAGCGUUUCCGGUCAGAUGUUCACACUGAAGCCGUGCAAGCAGCUUUGGCCAAAUACAAAGAGAGGAAAAUGCCUCUGCCUUCGAAAAGACGGUCUAUUCUUGUGCAUUCAUCUGUGGAAACCUGCACCCCACCAGACACGUCGUCAGCCUCAGAAGAUGAGGGCUCUUUACGGCGACCCGGGCGACUUACCUCCACUCCGCUCCAGAGCCAUUCCAGCGUCGAGCCCUGGCUCGACCGGGUCAUUCAGGGCUCCUCCACCUCAUCCUCCGCAUCUUCCACCUCAUCUCACCCGGGAGGGAGACCUGCCGCCGCACUCGCAGGCCUUGUGGCCCACGCCCACAUAGCAGAUCUGCACUCUGCCCCUCCUGAUGUCACCACUGGCCUUGUGGAGUACUCGCCCUGUGAGCGUCCACAGCCAGCCUCUGUGAGAGGCGUCCCUCGGGGGUGCAGCGGACGCCUCCUGGACACAUCAGGUGGUGUCCCUGUGAACAGCAGAGUGUCCUCCAAAAUCCAGCAGCUUCUGAAUACCCUGAAGAGGCCGAAGCGUCCUCCACUGAAGGAGUUCUUCGUGGAUGAUAUGGAGGAGCUGUUGGAAGUUCAGCAACCAGAUCCAAAUCAGCCAAAGCCUGAGGGAAGCCAGAUGGUAGUGCUGAAAGGGGAACCUCUGUCCUUGGGGACACCCUGGCCACCGUCACUGCUGGCUGCCUUGCAGCGGUGGGGCACAAUGCAGCCCAAAGCCCCCUGUCUGACUGCCUUGGACACAACUGGGAAGGCCGUCUACACCCUCACCUAUGGGAAACUUUGGAGUCGGAGUUUAAAACUAGCUUAUACUCUUCUUAAUAAACUGACUAGUAAGAAUGAACCACUACUUAAACCUGGAGACAGAGUGGCGCUGGUGUUUCCGAACAGUGACCCUGUGAUGUUCAUGGUUGCAUUUUAUGGGUGUCUCCUGGCAGAACUGGUUCCUGUCCCCAUAGAAGUGCCAUUAACAAAAAAGGAUGCUGGCAGCCAGCAGAUCGGGUUUCUGCUGGGCAGCUGUGGUGUCACCCUGGCCCUGACCACGGACGCUUGUCAGAAAGGCCUGCCUAAAGCACAGACUGGAGAGGUGGCAACUUUCAAAGGUUGGCCCCCUCUCAACUGGUUGGUAAUUGAUGGGAAGCAUCUGACUAAGCCCCCCAAGGAUUGGCAUCCUUUGGCCCAGGACGAAGGAGCUGGGACCGCCUACAUUGAGUAUAAAACCAGCAAAGAAGGCAGCACAGUGGGGGUGACGGUGUCCCAUGCAUCUCUGCUGGCGCAGUGCCGGGCUCUGACCCAGGCAUGUGGCUACUUGGAAGCUGAAACACUAACAAAUGUGCUGGAUUUCAAAAGGGAUGCUGGUCUGUGGCAUGGAGUGUUAACAAGUGUCAUGAACAAGAUGCACGUGAUCAGCAUCCCGUAUGCACUGAUGAAGGUGAACCCGCUCUCCUGGAUUCAGAAAGUGUGUUUGUAUAAAGCCCAGACAGCGCUGGUGAAGUCCCGUGACAUGCACUGGUCUCUCCUGGCUCAGCGAGGUCAGCGGGACGUCAGCCUCAGCUCACUGCGUAUGCUGAUCGUGGCCGACGGAGCUAACCCAUGGUCCAUAUCUUCCUGUGAUGCCUUCCUCAACGUCUUCCAGUCUAGAGGCCUGAGGCCGGAGGUCAUCUGUCCUUGUGCCAGUUCUCCUGAGGCACUAACGGUUGCCAUCCGCAGGCCGCCUGACCUGGGAGGACCUCCUCCAAGAAAAGCUGUGCUAUCAAUGAACGGCCUUAGUUACGGUGUGAUCAGAGUUGAUACUGAAGAAAAGUUGUCAGUCCUUACUGUUCAGGACGUUGGUCAGGUGAUGCCUGGAGCUAGUAUAUGUGUUGUGAAGAUGGAUGGUGCCCCGUAUCUUUGUAAAACCGAUGAGGUUGGAGAAAUAUGUGUUGACUCCAAUGCUACAGGCACAGCGUAUUAUGGACUACUUGGGAUCACAAAGAAUGUCUUUGAGACUGUCCCGGUCACUGCAGGAGGAGCACCCAUCUCGGACAGGCCUUUCACCAGGACUGGGCUGCUGGGCUUCAUCGGCCCUGAUAACCUGGUCUUCAUUGUGGGCAAGCUGGAUGGGCUGAUGGUGGUCGGAGUUCGCAGACACAAUGCGGAUGACAUCGUGGCCACUGCGCUGGCGGUGGAGCCCAUGAAGUUUGUCUACAGAGGCAGAAUCGCUGUGUUCUCCGUGAGGGUGCUGCAUGACGACCGGAUUGUGCUCGUGGCCGAGCAGCGGCCGGAUGCUUCCGAGGAGGACAGCUUUCAGUGGAUGAGCCGCGUGCUACAGGCCAUUGACAGCAUCCACCAGGUGGGCGUGUACUGUCUGGCCCUGGUUCCUGCCAACACCUUGCCCAAGGCUCCUCUCGGAGGGGUUCACGUCUCUGAAGCCAAGCAGCGCUUUCUGGAGGGGAUGCUGCACCCGUGCAAUGUGCUAAUGUGCCCGCACACCUGUGUCACCAACCUUCCCAAACCUCGCCAGAAACAGCCAGAGGUUGGACCAGCUUCCAUGAUUGUUGGGAAUCUGGUUGCUGGGAAAAGAAUUGCGCAGGCCUCCGGGCGGGAGCUGGCCCACCUGGAAGACAGCGACCAGGCCAGGAAGUUCCUGUUCCUGCCUGAUGUGCUGCAGUGGCGGGCCCACACCACUCCCGACCACCCGCUCUUUUUGCUGCUGAAUGCCAAGGGCACGGUGACGAGCACUGCAACCUGUGUCCAGCUGCACCGAAAGGCUGAAAGGGUGGCCGCUGCUCUGACGGAGAAGGCAAGACUGAGCAUUGGGGACCAUGUGGCUUUGGUCUACCCCCCAGGGGUGGACCUCAUUGCUGCCUUCUAUGGCUGCCUGUACUGCGGUUGUGUGCCCGUCACUGUGCGGCCCCCACAUCCCCAGAACCUCGCCACCACACUUCCCACCGUCAAGAUGAUUGUGGAGGUCAGCAAGUCUGCAUGUGUCCUCACCACACAGGCCAUCAUGCGGCUGCUCAAGUCCAAGGAAGCAGCAGCCACUGUAGACGUCCGGACCUGGCCCACCAUUCUAGACACAGAUGAUAUACCAAAAAAGAAGGUGACUAAUGUGUUCAGGCCUCCCUCCCCGGAUGUGCUGGCCUAUCUGGACUUCAGCGUGUCAACUACAGGGAUCUUAGCGGGUGUGAAGAUGUCACAUGCAGCCACAAGUGCCUUGUGCCGCUCCAUAAAGCUGCAGUGUGAGCUGUACCCUUCGAGGCAGAUCGCCAUCUGCCUUGAUCCCUACUGUGGCCUUGGCUUUGCCCUGUGGUGCCUCUGCAGUGUCUACUCUGGACACCAGUCCGUGCUGGUGCCCCCGCUGGAGCUGGAGAGCAAUGUGUCCCUGUGGCUGUCAGCCGUGAGCCAGUACAAGGCCCGCGUUACCUUCUGCUCCUACUCGGUGAUGGAGAUGUGCACCAAGGGCCUGGGUGCACAGACAGGUGUCCUCAGGAUGAAGGGGGUCAACCUGUCGUGUGUGCGCACAUGCAUGGUGGUCGCUGAGGAGCGACCUCGGAUCGCGCUGACACAGUCCUUCUCCAAGCUGUUCAAGGACCUGGGCCUGCCUGCACGUGCCGUGAGCACCACGUUCGGGUGCAGGGUCAAUGUGGCCAUCUGCCUCCAGGGCACGGCUGGCCCGGACCCCACAACGGUCUACGUGGACAUGAGGGCGCUGCGCCACGACAGGGUACGUUUGGUAGAACGGGGUUCUCCGCACAGUCUGCCAUUGACGGAGUCUGGAAAGAUCCUCCCUGGAGUGAAAGUCAUCAUCGCACACACUGAGACCAAAGGGCCCCUUGGAGACUCACACCUGGGAGAGAUCUGGGUUAGCAGCCCCCACAAUGCCACAGGCUACUACACUGUCCAUGGAGAGGAAGCACUUCAUGCUGACCACUUCAGUGCCCGACUGAGCUUUGGAGACACCCAGACCAUUUGGGCAAGGACUGGCUACUUGGGCUUCCUUCGGAGAACGGAGCUCACUGAUGCCAGUGGAGAGCGACAUGACGCACUCUAUGUGGUUGGGUCUCUGGAUGAAACACUGGAGCUGAGAGGCAUGCGGUACCACCCCAUCGACAUCGAGACGUCUGUGAUCCGAGCACACAGGAGCAUCGCCGAGUGUGCCGUGUUCACCUGGACCAACCUGCUGGUUGUGGUGGUGGAGCUGGACGGGCUGGAGCAGGACGCACUGGACCUAGUGGCCCUAGUGACAAAUGUGGUGCUGGAGGAGCAUCACCUGGUUGUCGGUGUGGUGGUCAUUGUCGACCCAGGCGUGAUCCCCAUCAACUCUCGGGGUGAGAAGCAACGCAUGCACUUGCGUGAUGGCUUCCUGGCUGACCAGCUGGAUCCAAUCUAUGUUGCCUACAACAUGUGAGCACCUCUCACCAGCUCCAGGGUUCUGUCCAAUGUGAGGCUUCCAGGGGUUGGAACCAUGUGAAGGUGUUAGAACAUGUGAAGACACUGCAGUGUGUCUGUAGCCACCAGGACAAAGGACUGCAGUCAUCACGAAAUACUGCACCCCUUACCCUACUUUUAGAGAUUCGUCUCAAAGUUCCCCAAAUCUUAUUUGAGAAGCCACUUCCUGAAUUAUUUGAAGGAAUAUUUUAAUCUUCAAGGACAUUUACAAAAACAUAAAUGUCAGUAUUUUAACAGUUAGGGUGACUGGGAAAGGAAACGAAAGGCCUGGCCAUGGGUAUCAUGAGGAAUUGCAGGUGUGCAAUUUGUUCUCUACUGUAUUGCAAGUUUGCACUUUUUAGACUAAAAAUAUAGUUCUUGAUUUUAAAAAUUCAAUUAUUUAUUCCCACUUCAAAUGACAAGUUUAUAUGUAGAAUUUAAGCUAGUAAGGACUUGAGGCCACAGUACAACUGAUUCACAGGGAGGAACAGAGCCCAAAGAGGCUGAUGGGAAGGGCAGCAAGACCUGCCCACUCCUCCUACCCUGGCUCUUGGGCCCGAAACCAGGCACUCUAGUUACAAGGUGCUUCCUCUCUCCCAGUUUAUUGAAACAGGUGUGCCCGACUGUCUGCACACAUUGUCACUAAUGUUCAGUAAGUGCAUUGGGGCUGUCAAGGUAGAUACUCUGUUUCGGAAGAUACUCUGUUUCGGAAAGAUUUGGAAGCAUUGAUGACAGUGUCUGAGGUUUUCACAUCCUCAGUGCAGUUUAGCUCUGGGGAGAGCCUUACCCCAUGAUGAAGGUGGGCCUGGUUACCCUCAACCUGGCUUUUACAUUUUGAGUUGUAUGCCUAUUAAAUUUGGCCAAACCAUAUUCAGUUAUGACUAAACGGAGUGAUAUUAUAGUAAACCUAAAUCAAAGAGAAUAUAAAAUCCUUUAGAAACUUCUAAGAAUUUGAAGUGAAGCUCAAAUCUAAGACAUAGAGUAUUUUUAUAUAGCUAAUAAAGAGUAUGUUAUGAAGUUGUUGGGUUUUGGGGGGAACUGUGGAUGGGAAAGUUUAUGGAUCAUGCAUGCUUCAUAGAAACAACCAGGUUUUUCUGGAAUUAGCCUGAAUCAGUGCCUAACAAAGCUGUUAUUAAUUCUCUACCAUUUAAAAUUCUCCACCAAAUAGGUCUGGCUAAAUAGGCUAACUCUCACAUUUUACUCUUAUUUGGCUACCAAUAGCAGGUGCAUUGUAGCUCUGUUUGCCUGCUGUGGUGGACUGCAGUUAGUUAUGUUCCAACAUACUGAAAUUGUAAUAUCUAUUGUAAUUAUGUACAUAGUCUGUGUAACUUAUUGUUUGACAUACAGAUAACAAAUAUUCCUUAUAAUAGAAUGGCCGGCAGGGGAAAGAACUACCUAACCCUAAUAUUAAUGUUGUAGUUUUGUAGCAAAUAUUGUAAAAUUUUUGUAUUGAAAGGUCAGUGUCAGUAAAACAAGGUGUCUUGUAAAUUAAGACUUUAAGAAGCACAUUAAAAUGUUUUAAGAUUACUCUCUGGGAAUUCUGUAUAUCACACUAAAAUUUUUUAUAUCAUAAUGUUAAUAAAAGUUAUUGAUUUUGUAAUUCUGCAUUUUGAAAUGUGUGAAAAGGUUUUUUAAAUGAUACCAAAUAGGAUGGAUUUUAUUGUGUAUUACUUUUUUCUGACUAUAAAAACAUUUAUGCUUACAGCAUAAAAUCUAAAAAGCACAUUAAAGUGUAAAGAAGAAAAUCUAUAAUCCUACCUCUGAGUAAUAUAGCAGCAUUAGUAUUUGACGUAAAUCCUUUUGGGGAUUUUUUUCCUUUUAAAAUAUUUUACAAAAUUAGAAUCAUAUACUUUUAUAAUCAGCUUUUGUACUUAAUAAAUUACAGACUUUUUAAUCUGUUACA